AUGUACGUGAAAAUCGAAUGUACCUUCAAGGAGCAGACGUGUGUGGGGGACCCGCCUCACUGCUGCCUGUGGCGCCCCAGGGCCGGGCUCACUGUGGUCUGGGCUUCCCCGGGUUUGGGCCCAGAUCUCCAGAAGCUGAGAAAAGCCUGCUCCCUCCCCUCCUCCGCCCCCCCAGGGUUCCUGUGCCUGCGUUCGGAGAAUGUCCUGGUCUUUGUCCUGGGCAUCACCAUCCUGGGUGUGUGCCACUACACGCUCACUGUCAAGGGCAGCCACCUGGCCACGCACGGUGCCCUCACUGAGUCCAGACGCUGGAGCAAGAUCUGGGCACAUUUCUUCGUGGAGGUGUGCACGGCCUUCCCCGCCGAGGACGCCCGGUACGGGCACGUCAAAAUGCACCACGGCUACACCAACGUGCUGGGCCUCGGGGACUCGAGCACCUGGAGGCUGCCCUGCCUCAACCGCUACGUCUACAUGUUCCUCGCGCCUCUCCUGAUCCCCAUCCUCACGCCCCUGGUGGCGGUCGAGCGGCUGAGGAAGGUGAGGCUCGGGGCAGCUCUGCGGGCGCUGGGCCUGAUCUCCCUGGGCCUUUAUUCCCACUACUGGCUGCUCCGGCACGUGUCUGGCUUCCGGAGCCCCGCCUCGGCCCUGGCCUGCAUGCUCUGCACCAGAUCCCUGCUGGCCCACCCCUACCUCCACGUUAACGUCUUCCAGCACAUCGGGCUGCCCAUGUUCUCCCGGGACAAGAAGCCGCGCCGGAUUCACAUGAUGAGCCUGGGGGUGCUGAACCUGCCCCGGCUGCCCGUGCUGGACUGGGCGUUCGGCCACUCCAUCAUCAGCUGCCACGUGGAGCACCACCUGUUCCCCACGCUCUCCGACAACAUGUGCCUAAAGGUGAAGCCCGUGGUGUCCCAGUUCCUCCGGGAGAAGCGGCUGCCUUACAACGAAGACACCUACCUCGCUCGCUUCCUGCUGUUUCUCAGUCGCUACGAGGAGCUCCUGGUGCACGCGCCGCCCAUCACUGAGCUGGCGGGGCUGCAGUGAGGGCGCUGGCAUGGUCCCCUGCUCCCCUGCCCCGGCCCAAUCCCGGACCUGCUUGUCACUCGCCGGCGGGGCUGCUGGUGGCACUGGGCGGGCAGAGAGCCAGGGAGCUGGUGUUUCUCUGGGCUUUGCGGGGUGCAUGGAGGAGAGGGGUGUGUGGAGAAAGGAGAGGGGUGUGUGGAGG